CAUCCUCUUGCAUUUGGUGCGUCUCUAGAAGGAAAAUCUUCUUUAAACAAUCUUCAUUCGUAAAACGUCACGCGGAAGUGAUUCACCGAUUCUCGUGCCAGAAAAUGCAAGUUUGCAAUUUGCCGCGGUGAGAAAAGUGAGUGUCGUUAUCUCGAAUGGUUCUUGAGCCCGGUGAAUGUCGUGAAAUUCCUCGGGUAGCGCUCACUGGGUGGGCAAUUGAUUUUCAAAGUGACCAUCGGGUGCGAACGAAUGAAUGCCACUGACGCUUCGGUACGAAAUAGCAGACAACGCUACCAAAAAAAGUUAGAGAUCUAUUUCAAUACUGUCGAGUAAGAGUUUUGUGAAGCUACGUUAAAACAAAUAUAUAUAUAUAUAUAUAUACAUAGUGCAAAGGUGUGUACCAGCAAAUGGAAAAAGCGAGAAGAGCCGACCUUCGCUUUUAACGAAAGAAAGGAGCGAAGGAGGCUAUACGCGUAUAUACCGGUUUCGGACACUCUCUUUCUUUUCUUUUUAUUUCCUCAAGCCAAUACUUGAGGUAUCUUCUUGAGUUCUCCGUUACGACACCAGUAAGGUGUUACCCGGGUAAUAUCUGAAAUGGUGUCGCGAAAAAUACAGUUUCGCCGGUCGCGAAAUCGCGCAGUCGGGCCUUUACGUGACCUUGACGUACCCGUUACUCGAGCCACAAAUUCCGUGCUACCGCGUUUCGGUGUGGCUACGAAUCGGACGCGACAAGAUAUCCUCCGAUGCGUACCGAGAAGAUGACACGUUCCGCGGAUGACAUCCUUCACGAUGUCAAGAAACGGGCGAAAAAGCCCUACCCGCGGCGUUCAUUGUAUUUUCUCACCUGUGUGUACCAUCGGUGUAACGAUUGACGCGAGUAAUCUUAUCGUGUAUCGUAAUCGGCUACGUGAGUGCCGUCCGGUAUGGCAUUACCCGGGUAAUGCCCGAGAUAAACUUCAUACCCUAUUCGCGGUUCGGUCCGGUUAAUAAAACACGAAAAUACCUGGACACGAUCGACUUGACACGCGCGCGCGACGCCUUUCGAGGGCGAUCUCUGAAUUUGGUUCGACUCAUUGAAAAGUCCACGCGACCAACAUUUAUGGAUCGUGGAUCGAAGCGUACUACAAUUCUGGACAUGCAGAGAGUGGCGAUGGUAAGGUCUCGCGACGGGUGAUGUCCAGUACCACAUAUGGAUUUUUCGCGAAAUUUUUAUUCUCAGAGAAAAUAUACGCUUUUGAUCGGGAAUAUAUACUAACUUUUCCACUGCUUCACCACUCCAGAUGAUACCCAUUUGUGACAUGUAGAAUUUUUUACAUAGGCCAGUCGACCCAAAGGACGAAUGAUACUGGUUCUUCUAACGAUCUCAUGGCGAAUUAGUCCAACGUAUUAUCAUCUUUAUGGGCAUUCUAUCAUGUAUUGAAAAUUAACGUGUUGACUGCUCUCGCAGGAGUUUGGAUCACCAACUUUUCGCUCCUCCUAUAUCUUUUAUUCUAACAUUUCUAUCAGGAAUGUCACGAGACUAUGAUAGGCGAAGAGGAGGUAGCGGUAGUGGUAGCAGUUCUAGUAAGUUACGGAUGGAUACCAACGUAUCACAACCUAGACCACAUGGCGAAAAUCCAGGAAAACGGAGAGAAUUAGAUAGCGUAAUGCGGAAAGCUCGUGAAUCUCAGUCAAGUUAUUGGAAUAAAAAGCUUUUGGAAGUAGAGGAACGUGAUCCAAAUAGAUGGAGACACAGUGGAUAUAAAGAAUUAUAUGUCGGUGGCACAGCAAGCGGAGAACCUAGUAGAGGACAUCCUCGAAGUCCAAGAAGUCCCAGACCUCGAAGUCCCCAUAUACCAAGACCACGUAGUCCUCGAAAUAGAAGCCCACGGUCACCUCGCGAUAGAUCACAUACCAGAGGACGACCUACACGCAGUCCAAGCACAGGAAGUACUUGUUCUGAUCGAUCAUGCAGUGUCUGUUCACCAAAGGAAAGGCGACGUAUCGCUCAACCCUCUCCUUCACGUUCAAGAUCACUGACACCAGUUCGAGCUCGAGCACAUCCAAAAGAAAUAGUACCAUCAAGCUCACGAGUAAUACCAGCUCGUACUAGACCAAGAUCACCUCCUUUACCACGUCCACGUACACCCCCGCCCACACCACAGCCUCCACCACGUCAUCAAAAGGACUAUAAGACAAUUAAAGAAAAAGAAACCAAGGUCCGGCGUAAAGAAAAACAUCACACUAGAAUCCCAGAAGAUCCAAGAGUUCCAGAUCCUAUUCCAUUGAUGCGUAAACCUGUAAAGGUAGAAAAAACUCAUUCAAGUCAUGGAACAACUCAAAUGAUUAGGCCACCUCCUGAGUCCUCACCUAGUGAAGACAGUGAUAGUUCUUCCACAACAUCACAUGUGGGUCCACCUAAAAUGACAUUAUCAGAGCGAUUUGGUAAAAUGGCACAAUGGAGUGUCGAUCGUAGGGACAUGGAAAAUAUGCGCAUCACAAAAGAUGGAGAAAACGCGAUGAAAGUUGUAAUAGAAGGUGAAGAAAGAAUUGCAAGACUGGGAUACGAUUCUCCACCACCAGGACAUUAUCCUGAAUCACUUUUAGCACAAGGUCCAAGAGGUCUAGAAUGUUGGGAUGAUGUUCGUGUUAGAUAUGAUUAUUAUAAAGCAAGAGGAUAUUUACGAGAUCUUACUUUAGAUGACUACAUAAAGUGGGAAGAAUGGUGGUACAAAUAUCAAGAAUGGUUAGAAGCAGAACGUUUCUAUGAACAAUGGACCUCUUCAAAUCGUCCUUCUGGUGGAACUCGAAAAAGGCGCGGGCGACGUAAUAAUACAGCUCAUUGAAAUUGCAAAGGAGUGCAAAAAGUGUGUAAACGCUCUAUACAGGCAUACAUCCAUUCAUAUAGAAAACAUAUGCUGUUAAGACAUAUAUAUAAAUAUAAAUAUAUUAUAAUAAAAUGACUGUGCUGUAAAAACCUCAUUUUCAUCAAUUUAUCAAGUAAAAAUUAAUUUACAAGAUUCAUUUUCUUACUUUACAUGUACUACUUUAUAUAUAUCAAAAUAUUUAGAAGUAAGGAUAAACGUGUGUAUCGAAUUAAUAAUAAUGCCAAGAAAAAUUUAUUUUUGUUUAUAUUUUUUUAAUUUUGUUUUAUCACUUUUUUAUUUAUGAUAAACAGGGAUCUUAUAAAAUCAUUUUCUAUUUAAUAAGAUUCUAGUUUUUUUUAUGGAACUGUUUUAUAAAUAACUUUGUAAUGACAUGAGAAGUUACUAAAAAAAUAAAAUUAGUUUUUGUUAAAAAGCCUACAAUCAUAAAAAAAAUACUUUAUCUUUCAUUUUCUAAAAAAUAUAUUUUUUUUUAAUAUUUCACAAUAUGUAGAGUGUUUUAGGUUUUUCCAACUAAACUUUGUCAAUAUGUUGAAUGGGUAUAAAUAAGAAAUUUACAUAAAUAUAGCUCGUUUGAAGAUUUAUUAAAAGUUAUAAAAAAAUACAGCAUAUAAUUUCACAUUAAAAAAUAUAUAAAGUAGAUGUUAAUACAGAUAGUGAAUUCAUACGAACAGUCGAUUGAUUUAUUGAAAUGAAUCAAAAUCAAAAUGAACUGUGUAGAACAACGAAUAACUGUCAGUUACCUAUUGACAGAAAUAAUAAAUAUUUUAAAAUGAAAUAUAAGCA